UCCUGCUGCCCGUUUCCGCACUGUUGCGUCUGCAAGCUGUUCCACACGCAGUCAGUCACUCAGUCAGUCAGUGCAGUCUGCGGUGUGUGAUUGUAGUCUUCGCUCAAAUCUCUGUAAGAAGCGCUUCUCUUAAAGUUUCUGUUUGUUUGCAGUCAGCACCGCGCGUACCGUCAUGCCGCUGCCGCAGCAGUUACGAGACGAAAGUGACUUUGAUCAGCUGCCUCAUAACAUCCCAGUCAGUGCGACCAUUGCUGAUAUUGAGGAAAAGAAAGGCUUCAUCGACUACUUUAGGUUUGUGAUCGAGGUGAAGACUAAAGGAGGGAGUAAGUAUCUGAUCUACAGGAGGUACAGAGAAUUUUUCAACCUCCAUCAGACCCUCGAGGCCAGAUAUUCCCCUGAAGACCCAGAAAAACCUGGUCCCAACACCUGCAUCCUGCCUCCUCUUCCAGGAAAAGUCUACAUUGGCAACAAGCAGGAGAUUGCAGAGAGCAGAAUCCCUGAACUCAACACGUACAUGAAGAGGUUGCUGGGUUUUCCAGCAUGGUUCCUGCUCGACGAGGCUAUCAGGAUGUUUUUCUACCAGACUGAGCAGGACAGCCAGCACCAACCACGAGCUCUCAGGCGUCUCCGCCCGCCUACCCGCAAAGUGAAGGCGGAGACAGUCAAACCAAAGAUGGACCUCUUCUCCUCCCCCAGGGCAGAGGCGAUAUUUGACUUUCGCGGCAACGGCAAGGCGGAGUUGAACCUGAAGAGAGGAGAGGUGAUCUUCCUGCUACGACGAGUCAAUGCCGACUGGCUGGAGGGCACAGUGAACAAUCAGACGGGUAUUUUCCCAGAAUCCUUUGUGAAGAUCAUAAAGCCCCUCCCGGAGAGUGACUCAGAGGGUGAAAGUGGAGGCCACACCUACAGCUGCCUGCACUGCUGCUUGCUCACCCCCUCUGGAGUAAUCACCAGAGAUGUAUGUGUGCAAGAGGCCCUCACCAUCCAGCCAGCAUACAAGGAGUUACUGUCUCGUAUGAGAGAUGUCUUCAAGGAGGACGACAUCGCCCUGAACUACCGUGACCCCCAGGGCGACCUCAUCCGCAUCCUCGACGAUGAGGACAUCCAGCUGAUGAUCAAAGAGAGCAGAGGUCAGCUGGGGAAAGUUAAGAGACCUGUCAAUCAGUUUCCGUGGGAGCUGCAUGUGACCCUGGCCUCUGAUCUUUCUGUUUACAACACAGAGGCAUGAGAGAGAAGUACAGAGCUGAAUUUAAGGGAAGUAGGGAAUAUAUAUAUAUAGCGUUCUUAUAUGAAAAAGAUGAACUUAACCAAGUCAAUAAUGUUGGUGAUGUUGCCUGUGGUUUGUCUUUUUCAGUCAUUCACAUUCAUGUUAAUGAAUUCACUGCUGUGUCAGUGAGCGGCCGAUACAUUUCACUCAGUAAUAAACUAAUAUAAUAACAUUUUGACAUUUUUCAUGCAAACUUGAGGCUAAAUACUUAAACUUUUCUCUGUAUAAUAAAAAUGUGUUUACAUUUAGUGAGCUUAAAAUGGGGAAUAGAUUUAAAAGCUCUUGGAAUAACUAAAUACAGUAAGUGAACCUUACCUUGAGAAUAUUUUCCGCAGGUAUGAGAAUUAAUCUCCUCUCAAGAUAAUGAAAAUGAUGAACAGGCUUUUCUCCAAAGUUUCUCUACUUAAACUGCAGCAGCUGCUGCAACUUUGUCUCUUUUAGACAGAGGUCCCCCUAUAUUGCCAUUAAGAAGACACCUCAUUAUGCGGCCUUUGCUUAUUCACUCUGACGUGACGUGACGUGACGUGACGUGGGAGAAAUUUUUAGAAUUGGACCCUUAAAUUGUAAUGAAAAAGUGUGAAAAAGUUUUUGUAUUCAUUUUUGUGUGUGUUUCAAAAAGCACAACUGAAUCCUCCAUGGCUCCGUCUCACUCACACCGUGCAUUCACAUUUUGUCCAUGUGUCUGCAUUUCAUUUACACCUGCCUCAGGAAAUUCAGAUAUUGCCUUUGCUGGCAGGACAGUUUUUCCUCAUCUUUAAUGCAAAGUUAUUCCCCUCAUAUCCCUUUUUAACAACCUCUCCCAGGCACUGUGGAAGUUAUGCAUCUUUAAAAGUUGCUUAUCGCACCAGAGGUGACUGAUACUCGCCCAUGCUUAAGUGUAAACACCCUCAUUCUAUUGAGUAUUCAUGUGUGUGUUUUGUUCUUUUUUUAGGAGUAAACAUUAUUGGAAAAAUGACAAAUCCAGGAAGAAAAUAUGUUGUUGAUUCUGUGAUGGAUUGAAUUUGACAGCAAAUUUACAUCUUUUUAUGCUUUUUCAUACCGAGUGGAGAUAUUUUAUUGGCAACUUAUUCUAGACCACUGUCCAAAACAACAGUUAUUUUGUAACAGCUAAAGCACAGUUAAUUCUCUAUCCUAAAAUACAGAUGGGAUCCCUGGA